AAAAAAAAAAAAAAUGGUCUAAAGAGUUAUGACCCACGAUAAACUUAAGUAAUCAUAUCAUAAUUUGUGAAGUGUUACGAUGCGUAAUAUUUUAGUGCUUCAAUAUUAAUAUCUCAAGUGUUCGUGCCAGUGACUGAAAAAAUAACUAAGCGUUGCUCACAAGUUCACGGGUCGUUAAUUCAGUGGAGGAGAGAAACCGAAAAAAGAGGUCUUCGCGUCCGUUCAUCGGAGUGAUAAAAUUUAUGACAAACGGUAAAACCAAUGGUUGACUUAAUUGGGCCGAUUUGCACCACGCCAAAAACAUGAGACGGUGGCCGCGGGAACGGGAGAAGGGUGUGUAAGGAUGAGCAGGCGCGUGGGGCGGUGCGCGAGCGCUUGCGCGCGGCGGCGGCGGGAGGCGUGACGCGCAGGUGCGGCGCGUCCCGUCCGCGCCCGCGCCCGUCCCGCGGCCGCCCCGUGCGCGUGAUGCGAGCGGACCGCGCCGCGCUUCACGCGUGGCUCGUCUGCUGCGCGGCUGCGCUUUCCGCUCACAAGUACAGCACGCGCGUUGUGAGGACUAAGUAUGGCCCUCUGCGGGGAAUCGUCGUGCACUGGCAUCCGCAGGUCGAAGCUUAUCUUGGAGUGCCAUAUGCCACACCACCACUUGGUAGCCUUAGAUACAUGCCGCCGGUGACCCCAUCCCAGUGGCGCACGACUCGGCUGGCGGAUGCGUCAGGCCCGGCGUGCCCACAGGUGCCGCCCGCCGCGGCGCCGCGCGAGGAGGCGCUGCUGCUGCAACCGCGCGCGCGCAUCCGGCAGCUCGAACGCCUGCUGCCACUGCUGGCCAAUCAGAGCGAGGAUUGUCUCUACGUCAACAUUUAUGUUCCUGUGAAUGGUGAAGGCGAAGACGAGGGUGGAGGGCUGCCAUGUCUGGUGUUCGUGCACGGGGAAUCAUAUGAGUGGAGCUCGGGUAGCGCCUACGACGGAACCACGCUGGCGGCGCACGGCAACAUCAUUGUUGUCACUAUCAACUUUAGGUUAGGUGUAUUGGGUUUUUUAAAGACUGGUGCUAAGGGGUCGGCGCAGGGUAACUUCGGACUGAUGGACCUAGUUGCGGGCCUGCAUUGGCUGCGAGAGAACCUACCCGCGUUCGGUGGAGACCCGGAGCGGGUGACCCUCAUGGGCCACGGGACGGGUGCGGCGCUCGCCAACUUCCUCGCAGUCUCUCCUGUGGCUCGAGAGCUACUGAAGCGUGUCAUCUUGUUAAGCGGGUCGGGUCUCAGCUCAUGGGCAUUGCAGAGAGAGCCACUUACAAUAAAAAGAAAGGUGGCGGAGCAGACUGGGUGCCAUGGCGACCUACAGGAGGACGACCUGGCGCCGUGCCUGCGAAACAAGCCGCUGGCCGAGCUGCUCGCCGUUCGGCUUGAUCCGCCGCGGUUCCUGCCCGGCUUCGCGCCCUUCGUCGACGGCACUGUUAUAGUCAAUCCGUCUUCCGCCCCUCCGCCCACCGACAGCACACGGCUCGGCGCCGGCGCCGCCGCGGUGGCGUCCGCCGCCGGCCACGAGCUCGCUGACUUUCCACAUAGGGAACUAUUGUUCGGCCUCACCACUACUGAAUCUUACCUGGAAUUCAACGCUCAAGACUUGGAGUUCGGUUUCAACGAAAGCCGCCGGGACCGCAUUCUGCGCACAUUCGUUAGGAACGCCUACUACUACCACCUUAACGAAAUAUAUUCCACCCUGAAGAAUGAGUACACGGAUUGGGAUAAACCUUUGCAAAACCCCCUCAGCGUCCGCGACGCUACGCUUGAGGUGCUUAGCGACGGGCGAACGGCGGCCCCACUUAUCAGGUUAGGGUACCUGCACGCUCUCCGCGGUGGAACCACUUAUUUUUCGCACUUUCACCACCUCUCGCCCGACAAGGAUUAUCCACAGCGUCCUGGUUCAGUGCACGGCGAGGAACUGCCUUACUACUUGGGUGUUCCACUGUCCGUGGCUCAUCACGCACAGAACUACACUCAACAGGAACAGAGAGUUUCACGUUUAUGCAUGCACUACAUCACCAACUUCGUUAAAUACGGUAAUCCGAACGAUCCGACUGCAACGCCGCCACCUAGCCCACUGUUGGGCGAGGCACCAAGACUUGGCCCCAACCAGACGCCUUACUGGGACACUUAUGACACCAUCAACCAGCUCUACCUGGAGAUCAGUAGUAAGCCUGAAAUGCGCAGCCAUUACCGGGGCCACAAGAUGUCGCUCUGGCUGUCCCUCAUCCCGCAACUGCACCGCCCUGGUCCUGACAUGCCGGAUGCCGCCAUGCGGCACCAUCAUUUUCAGGAAGAUCCUAAUUAUUACGAAGGCGCUGUAAGAGUGCAGUCUCUGUCUCGAACACAUGUGCCGCAUGUCGUGAAUCUGGAUGGAGCUGGACGUGGCGACGGCGGCCGCAGCACACCAUCGCCGCGCACAGUACCUCCAAGGCCCUCCGUCCCACCCGCACCCUCCACUGAGUGCCCCCCUAAUGUCACGACGACACCCGUGCAAACUGACGACGCUCUGUUGCGGCGACUAGCUUCUUCUCAUUAUCAGUCUUAUACUGCCGCUCUGACUGUCACAAUCGCAGUCGGGUGUUUCCUUCUACUUCUCAACGUCCUUAUAUUCGCUGGCAUAUAUCACCAGAGAGGUUCGCGUCCCCGGCGAUCGAAAAAUGAUUUGGCUGAAACAGGAAGCUCAUCAUCUUCUGACAAUUAUGAUGGAAAACUCGACUAUGAAGUGCGCGCAUUUGAUGGGAAGGGUUUCGGUUUCGAGUGUAAAUCUGCUCACGUGCCACGGGCUACUGGGUCUAAGUUUGACUUGCGGACGUUAUCAGACUGCGGUGAGCCUACGUUUGGUGAAUACAGUUGCUACGACGAGAAACAUAGGGCGGCGCGUCGGUCGUUACCGGAUGUGAGUGUGGGGAGCGCGAUUGAAGCCGGUAAUGUAGUGUGUAUCGGUGUAGACACACAGAAACCUGAUAUUCAAAAAGUGGAUGGAAGACAAGAACUUAUAGGUAGAACUAGCACUUUUGAACCUAGGUUAGUUGAUAGUUCUACACAAGUGAAGUUCGGUCCAGUACCCGACCCGUCAGAAGGGGCAUGUGAGUCCAACCCCGAGUCGGACACUGGCGGUGCGAGCGGCUCGGGGAUCCUGCGCGUUCCGCCAGCCGCCACGACUCCCGCGCCGCCCGGCAUCAUGAAGAAGAGAGUACAGAUUCAAGAGAUAUCAGUAUGAGGGUUUCUUGAUGCGGCUGAGAUUGUUGUUAAUAAAAGGACAAAAUUAUAACGAACUCACGACCACUUCACGUGUAAUGUGUAUAUUACUGAAAUUUGACAGACUAAAGAAAUAUUGUAUAUAUUGAUACCAGUAUAUUAGAUAAAUAAUAAAUGUGCGUACAGCGAAAUGGAGUUAGAGGAAUAUAAUUAUGUAAUUUUCUCUGCCUUAUGUGAAUCUGCGUCUGUAAAUAUGUAAGUAAUACUUCUUCUCUCUUCCGCUCUACAUGCUAUCGUAUAGAAGGUGUGGGAAUAGCUUAACAGUCUGUGUAGUUAGUCAAAGUACUUAAUCAGAAAAAUUCAAGCUAAUAUUAUAAUCUGACUGUUACUGCACGGUGACUGUUAUAUUAUUUCUACCCUUUAUAUAGAAUGAAGGAAUUGUAGGUUCUUGUGAACGUAUUUGUAUGUAAAGUUAUAAAAUUUACAUGUGAAUAUAACAAUAACUUAGUAAUGAAGUGAUCUAAAUACUUACAAGUGUACAUAUGGAUACAAAAAGUAUUUAGGGUAGUAUAGUAUAACUUUCGGGCCAAUUCGAACAAUGAUCUAGAUAUCAACUAGAUAUCCACUAGAUAUGAAACAGAAACGAUAACGAGAUAUUUAAGAAAGUCAUGUUAAAUUCGACAUUUCCGCGAUUCCGAAUGUCCUCUUGAAUGAUCUCUUUAAGAUAUUACUUAGAUAUACAAUGGAUAAUAUCUAAUGGAUAUUAAAUGAAAAUUGGUUUCUCGAAUCGAACUGCAAAAGAUAACUAGUUGAGAACUAAACUAUAACGUAUCUAUUAAAUUUCGUAUUGGUCUCGUAUCUAGUAAUUAUCACGUUGUUCGAAUUGACCGGUUUGAAUGUUGUAAUUUUUUGUAAAGUUACUUUAAGUGACUAUUACUUUGAGUAGUUUUAUAUAAGUAACAAUUGAAAAUUAAAAUGACAAACGGGUAAGUACUCAAAAGCACAAUUCAAGUUAACUAAACCAUAUGUUGACGCGAGGAAUGUUCAUUUUAUUUAACUGACUUCAUGGUAAACAGGGUAAAAUACCAUUCUUUUAGGGUAAAACACCCCCAUCUGAUAAUAUUUAUACAAGAUGAUAAUGUCUCACAAGAGUAGUAGACUAGUAUUAUAAUAAUUUCAAAUGUAAUGAACAUAGGUACAUGAUUGAUCCAUAGCAAGAUAAGUAACCUGUUGAACGCCGAAGUACUGAUGGAUUAAUUCAGUUCCAUAAUUAUAUGUGAAUCGCUGGUCUCACCCUGGAUACCUAAUAUUAUUAAUACCUACACUAAACUUUAAAACAAGAGUAAAUAGGCUGUUACUGAACCGGUGAGCUCCAUCCUAGGCCCUGUCUUCACUUUCCAUCAGGUGUGACUAGGGCCAAUCGCCGAUCAGUUUAUAAUAAAAAAAUUAAAAAAAAAACUAUCAACUUAAUCAACUAUCAUAGGCACAUAUUUCCCGCAGAUUUUAUAUGGUUCUUUUUUUUAUGACCUUGUUUAAUUUUACUCUAAAAUUAAAUAUAAAUAAGAAGUCUUUUGAAUGAAACUAUUUCUGAUACAUAAUAAUCCAAAGUUGCAUGAAUCUACCUAGGAUCUACCUACCUACCGCGAUCUUCCUAGGAUUGUAGUUAUAGAAAUCGUCCAAUGUUGUCCACUUAAUAUAAAUAUUUUGGUUCCACUAAUAUAAAUCAAUGUCAAAAAAUAUUGAAUCGAAUAAAGCGACAAAAAUAUGUAAACACUAACUUUUAUCUCAUAUAUGUAAGUGUAAGGGCGUGUAGAAAAUGUUCCCCCUUUGACAACGUUUAUUUUUGAAUAUUAUACUUGAAAUUCAUUGUGCUUAAAACAAUUAUGCACUAAACAUAAUUGUUUUAAGCACUAAAACUAUUUAGAAGUGCGAGCUCAUAUUGUAAUUAAAGUAAAUUGUUUCGUUUAUCAUUUUUGUAUAUAUUUUCUAUUAAAUUUCCAAUACAAUAUAAUUAGGUAUAUUUGUUUGUUAUAUUUUUUUGCAAUCAGUCAAUGCAAUUUGUAAAAAUACUUAGACAUUUUACUGUACAAUUUACUGUUUAAAUUGCAGUAGGUAAGUAGCUAAUGUGGCUUACCUUUUAGCCACAUAUGAACUAUCUCGAUCAACAACAACAAUGAAGAACUUUGUGCGUGAGUACUUGUCCGUAUUUUAUUUUCACAGGAAUUGAUGAUAAUGUAAUAGUGAGUGAAUAAAUCAUUAAAAACAUGUUAGUACAGAUGUAGUGCAUAAUUGUUUUCCAUCGUAUUUUCUCGGAAACGUUCGUAUUCGUCAUGCUACUUCAGUCAACCUCAGUACUUUAUGUACCGAGAUUGACUGAAAUAGACAUGUUCGUAUGAUUCCGUGAAAAUACUAUGGUAAAAUAAUUAUGCACUACAUCUGUAUCCACAUUGUGACAAAAUGUGAACUAGCUAAGAAAUUAUUAAAAUUAUGUUCAGAGGUGAUAUUGAGGUGAAAAUGUAUGAAUAAUUAUGUAACUACUCGCUACAAGUUAUUUAACUCAUUUAAUCUUCAAGAAUUGACGUGUGCAUUUUUCAUCGCCACAAAUAUCAAGUAAGUUCAUAGAGUAAAACUAAAGUAUUCAUACUACUCGGCUGUUCGUUGCUGCCCUACUGACAUUCGCACUUUACAAUAUGUUUUUUUCUCGUGUUACAUAGAAACAUGAAGAUUGCCGAGAAAAGUUAAAUAAACAUGUAAUUUAUUAACAAAAAAAAUGUUAAUAUUCUGGUUUCACUGUACCGCAACUGUUAGGAUAUAGCGACAGUUCAUAAGUUGGACAGCGACUGUAGUGAGUAAUUAUAAAAUGAACAAGUAACUGUCAAAAAUUUUUUUUUGAGACACACUUUUAUUGCUGGCUGUACUUCUUCUCAUUUGCAUGUCUAUCGAGUACUUCUUGAGACCUUUCUAAUGAGCCUAAACUUGAUGUGUUUGUGUUUUUCCAUUGUGGAGUUCCUUUGGCUACCUACCGGCUGCAUCAUCCGAACACCUCCAUGUUAACAUAUUAUGUCACCGAAAUUACGACAGUACUCCAAAUUUCAACUGAAUCUGAUACCGGGAAGUGGUUCAAAUUUUAGUUACAAGAUUUGAAGCACUAUAUACAUGUACAUACAAAGGUAUAUACGCAGUGAAGCUAAAUAAAAGUGUGUAAAAAGUCAGAAAUGUUGCGAGUUUAUGACAAAUAUGUGUGUCGUUUUCUAUGUAUAAAAUUAAGUAUCUCCCGGAACAGACUUAUUUACAGUAACAGUACUUAACGUGGCGGUUAUAAGUUUAGUAAAUUACCUGCCACUUUUAUGUUUUCACUCAAUUUUUUUCGAAAUCGACAUUCUUGAAGUUGCGUGCUUUUGCUUCACUUGUUUCUCUUUGAAUUAAUUUACAAUAGCCAAUUUAUUUUUCAAAAGGUAAAUAUAAUUGUGUAGAAAAGCUUUCGGUAUUUAUAGGCAUUGCAGAAUGAAACAAACGCAGAAUGAAAUCUACUUAAGUAAAAACUGAUUUUACUGAAUUGGCAACCAUUUUUUUUUAAAGACGUUCUACCACAAUAUAAAUCCAACAUCCUCUAAACGUAAUUUUAAAUUCUAAUAUGGUUUAUCUUUCAGGCGUAACGACCGAAUCAUAUACCUGAUUGAUUUGUUUAAUAAAUUUAUGAGAUGCUUACAAAUAUUUUAAAUUAUUUCGAUAUUCUGAUCAGAUAUCAACUUAUUUUGAAGUCAAAUGUAUGUUGUAAAGUGUUAUAAAGUGUUAAAUGUAUGUUUUUUUUAAAUAUUUUGGUUAUAUACUUAUAAUUAGUACUAUUUGAAAAAAAUAUGUUUUGAAUUUAAUCAAUAUAUUGCAAAAUUUACUGCCAUUAUUGCUUGCCAUGGUCGUACGUAGCCAUGGUUAACUACAACUGACAUCAAACAAACUCUCUAAAUCAUAUAGGAAUUGAUUGUUAAUGUUCGUACGUACCUUGCUUACACACGUAAGCCUAGAGUUGUUAUGGAGAUAAUGAUCAUGGCACAUUGAAUAAUUAUUGUUAUGUAUUUACAUUUAGUGAUUUGUUAUUGUUAUGUUAUUUAAUGAAAUAGUUCUUCAUCAGCCUAAGCCAAGCGAUUCGUGCCAAUGGCAUUGAUGAUUAAAAAAUAUUGAUUAUUAUUUACUUAUUUGAAAAUCGACGUGUCUGCUGAAAAUGUGUGUUACUGAUUUAUGAUUUCGUCGUAUGGACUGCUAAAUACAUAUGAUGAAAUUGUAAUGUCAUAUAAAAAUGUUUUCGGUUUUAAUUUAAAGAAUGCAUUUUGCUCAUGUUAACAUACUGAUCGAAAAACCUCCAGUGGAUUAUAAAAAGUUAAAACUUAUUUAUCAAAAUAUGUUGUUCCGAAAUUUAGUCACAGAUGUUAACGUUUAAUAUUUAAUAUAUCUGUUAUAUUGUAAUUAUUUUCAUUACUACGUAAGUACCAUCAGCUGCAAAAGUGCAUACCGAAUUUAUCAAUGAAUUCAUUCAUAAUUUCUCCAUGCAAUUUCGCAGCUCACUGUACAUUCCUUGUUAUUGUCCUAAUUAACGUAUACAUUUUGUUACAAUUUGGCAUUUUAAAAUGAAAUGCAUAAAGUAAAAUAUGGUGUCGAAUAAUAAAUAAUUGAAGUAUAA